GAAAAGAGCUAGAGGAUGAGCUAAACCCAGCCAGCCAACGAACCCUUCAGUAUAUUGACUGAUAUAUAUUUUUGUUGAUUCAAAAACUUCAUGGCAGACUGAGGCUGAGCAUCUCACUUUGAGGCGAUAGGUAUUGACAAUGGAGACUGAGGAGGAUGAGGUGAAGAAGACGCAGGUGGUUGAUGCCCGAGCAAGAAACAUCAGUCACAAUGUCCGGUGCACUGAAUGUGGGAGUCAAUCCAUUGAAGAUUCACAAGCGGACAUCGCAAUUCUUCUUAGGAAGUUAAUUCGUGAUGAGAUUCAUGCCGGGAAGACGGAUAAAGAGAUUUUUAAAAAGCUUGAGGAGGAUUUUGGGGAGACAGUAUUAUAUGCCCCAAAGUUUGAUCUGCAGACUGCAGGCUUGUGGCUAUCUCCGCUUCUAGUUGCAGGUGCUGCUGCAGGAGUAUGGGCUUACAAAAGGCAUAGGCAGAAGACCAAUGUUCACAUCAUGGCUUUGGACCUUGUUAGAGGUGUUGCAUUGACCCCAAAAGAGAAGGAAACCAUGCUUGAUCUCCUCACACCUCCUCCUUCACAGGGAAUUCCUUCCUCCUGGUGGAGGAGAUGGUCAGGUCAAUGAUAUAUGUCUUGCUUCCAUGGUUUCUUGUUUGUCUUAGCCAGCUUGAAACUUUGCUGGCAAUUUGAGAACUAUGGUUAGUCCAGGAUUUGCAAAAACUGAGAAUCAACUUCUUGUUGAGCUUGUUUAACUGGAUCUGGAGUUGGUUAUUAUAAAGAAGUGAUUGCCUGUACAGUGUUGCACAGUGCACUGCAUAAGUUGACUCUGUACAUUACAAAUGUUUUUUGGACUUUGUACAUUGAGACUAUUAUUUGAGAGAUGGCUUAUUAUUUUA